AUGACACUUGAUUACCAAACAGUACUUCAUCAUGCAGUUUCGGUGCCUCCUCGGUCCGGCCAGGAACCCCGCCUUGACCGUUCACCAGGACCAUCGACGCCCAUUCAAGCCAACGACCAUCACCAUCCUGUCUUCCUUUCCAACCAUCUCAACCUAUCGAACGACACAACAACAAGAAAUACUGAACCUGGAAUAAAAAUCGCCAUCAGCCCACUCAUCAUGGCAAGCAACCCGCGACCGAACUCGUCCCGUCCAAACUAUCAAUUUAAACUCGUCCUCUUGGGAGAAUCAGCCGUUGGAAAGUCGUCUCUAGUGCUCAGAUUCGUCCAAAACGAUUUUCAAGAAUAUCGCGAAAGUACAAUCGGGGCCGCUUUUCUGACCCAAACAGUCAAGAUUAAUGAUCAAACAACGAUCAAAUUCGAGAUCUGGGAUACAGCUGGUCAGGAGCGCUACAAGUCAUUGGCCCCUAUGUACUACCGAAAUGCGAACUGUGCAGUAGUAGUCUACGACAUCACAUCUAGUGCAUCAUUGGAGAAAGCUAAGGUCUGGAUUCGAGAACUGCAGAAACAAGCAGAUGCGCAGAUUGUCAUUGCUCUUGCCGGCAACAAAGCAGACCUAGAAGAGCGACGACAAGUCCCUACAGAAGAAGCUCAACGGUUUGCAGAGGAAGAAAACUUGCUGUUCUUCGAGACAUCGGCCAAAGACUCGACCAAUGUCUCUGAUAUCUUCACGGCAAUCGCCAAGAAGCUUCCCCUCGAAACGGCUGCCUCCCGCGGCCCUCGGGGCGCCGCAGGGAGCCGAACGGCCGGCGGCGGGGUCAGCCUCAACCAAGGCGAGACUCAGGACGGCCCGUGCGCAUGUUGA